AUGGCAAUGAUUUUAUUAAGAACUCGUGCUAAUAUACCCGUAGUAAUUUGUGGAGAAGCCGGAUGUGGAAAGACUAGUUUGAUUGGUUUUUUGGCCAAGAUAGUGGAAGCAGAAUUUAUGACUUUAAAUCUUCACGCUGAGAAUAAAGCUGUAAUAGGUAAGUUUAAAGAUGAAUGUUCUGGAACUCCAAUGCAGGAAUUUAUAGGCCUCAGAGCAUUUGAAAUCGAUAAUGGAAAAGUCAUAAGGGAUCCAACUAAGAAGGUAUUAUGCCCUCUUGAUACAAAAAAAUGGAUAUUAGAUGAUGGUAUCAAUAGUUAUGCAUAUGGACAUUACAAGAUCCAAGAAUCAUAUAUUAAGAAACAAGAGGCGGGAUUAGCAGAAUACAUGGAUUUAUUAUUAUCUUAG